AUGGGCCCAAAGAAGAAAUUAAGUCGAGAGAAAGAGCGUCGACUAGUAGACCAACACAAUAUUAAAUUCGAUGGACCAAUCCAACCGUCAGAAUGGCCGACUUCCUACGCGCAGAUAUUUAGAAAGGUCCGUGAUAUUGAGAAAGUGAGAUCCGACGAGUAUUGCUCUAGCCAGCGCAAUGAUCUGCUCGAAGCGCAGCGGAACAGAAACUUUAACAGGGCUAGUAAUCUUGUGAAUGCUGCUUAUGAGUGUCGUAUUUCCUCGCUAGAUGAGGAGAACUGGAGGAGAAAAACUGAAGACUUUCUGUUGAAGCGAUUCUCAAGCGACAGCAAGUGCGAACUAUGCCGCAAGUAUCGCUGGAUUUCCGAAUUCCGAGUUGCAGCACCCUCCUUUGUGGCUCUCGAAACAUUUCCUGACAGCGCUCGCAAGAUUUGCCUGUGUUCUUACAACCAGACUGGUGUGGUAAACCGCGAGACACUCAGAAAGCCGUUUGUCUGGCGGACAAAUGCACCGGUUGUGCAUGAUGCAAUCUCUGAGAUUGGCACUAGGCAGCCAGAUAUCAUAGUAGGGCUCAGCGAGACACCUGAGCUCAAGAAUGCCUCGGAAGAAUAUCAGGGACUUGUAUUCAGCCCUAUCAAGGGGGAAGGUUGUGGUGUAUUUCAUUUCCUCAUUCUGGAAGCGAAGUCGGAAUCGGGUGGUCCCGGAUUCUCUUCUGUCGAGAUUCAGACAGCAUUCCCUAUCAAGACUGUACUCAAUGUUCAAAAGGCGCUCAACGAAGCGACAGGAAAUACAAUACUUCCCCUGGUAUGGUUCUUGGCGUAUCAAGGAGACGAGUGGAGAGUUUAUGCAUGCUACCUUGAUGGAGAUAAAACGCGAGUAAUCGAUCUCUGGCACGGCACUAUUCUGAGACAUGACUGCGCUUUGCAACUGUUGCUCAUCAUUGAUUUCAUAUGGGAUUGGGCAAGAAACGUCUACCGGCGAGAGAUUUUCCGCUGUUUGGGUAUAGGCAAUCGUGUCAAUCAAUUUACGGGAAGUUCUAUUGAAAACGACAUCUUUUUUGAUUCCGACAUUCUUGACGAAGGCAGUGAUUCUGAGACAGAGAGUACUAUGAAUGCCGACGAUUUAAGCGCCACCGCUUCAGGUGUGUUCGACAUGUCUAUUUCUCCUGUUGACGAAUGCGACGAUGCUAGAAUCGAGAGUACCAUCAGUACUCCAGAUAUAAUCAAUCUAUCAACUCCUGCUAGAGAUGAUAUAGAUCUCAUCACAGCAAAUCCUGAUGGUACACAACAUCCAGCAAGCCAUGCUCUCGAUGUAGCCCCACAUGCUGAUAUGUGCUUAGGUCGACAUGAGGAGUCAAACGCCGGGCCGGUCAUUAGAAAUGCAAAUCAAGUCUUUUUCUCCUUUCGCCAUCUGAUGUUACCUGAAUCCCGCGACAGCCUGAUUGAAAUUCUCGCCGCAAUCAAGCCUGGUGUCAGCAUUAUUGACAACGCCCGAUAUCUUCUAACUUUUUUGGAUACUGAGUCGGCCGUGGUCGUGACAAGGUUGUUCGUCACCGAUCUAGAAGAAUUGUGGACAGAAACGCGUAGUGGGCGGUCAGAGUUGUUGGAUGGCGCAGUAGUAGCCCAUAUUUCUUUCCGAACGUACUUUAGACCCACUGACUGGCAUCUUGUAAGACAACUGUCUUGCAUCACCGCUUCUUGCGAGGCCAUCAAUGCUUUGGCUAGCAUUGUUUGGGAUGGAUUCUCUUCGUUGUGUCGUGAACUAGGACGGGCUCCCAAACCUACCCUGGAUAUAGCGCGGGACCUCAGGUUACUAUUCGGGGCUGACUCUGCUGGAGCUGCUGCUGUGAAUCUAUGUUUAUCUCUACAGUUUGCCGAAGGUCAUUACCGAUGGAUUAAGGAAACCAGGCAAAGCUCGAAUGCUCUCUGGGUCGCCCUCGAAGAACAUAUCCCAGGUAUACCUCUAUCUUCCAUAUCCUUUCAUUCGAGUACCGUGAGCAUAGUGGUACAUGAUUCAUGUGCGAUUGAUACGCUGGACCAGUUCGAAAGGUUUGGCAUGGCAACGCGAUCUGACGGCGCUAUCAUCCUGAAAAGACCUAUAGCAUGGCUCCAGAGUUGCCCAAAGUAUUGUUUGGUUGUCUUUGACAACUCCGACAUCGAGGACCCAGAUAAUGUUCGUCACAAGCUUUUACAAGUGCUUUCCAAUAAAGGGUUGUAUUUGGAGAAUGGCUAUCGUAAAGAAGAAGCAGACCAAGAGGCUUUGGAGCUCUGGCUGGAGAACUAUAUCAGCUAG